AGCAAAACCCCACCGCUGCUGAAAUCGGCUUUACUUGAAUUUCCCCAAGUCUUUUCAGGCACAGAGAGACACCAUGCCAGAGACUUUGAAUCUUCUUCGGGCUUUUUGGGGGGUCUUCUUUAUCUUCUGGACAGCCUUUAACACAGCCUUAGUGGAUGUGGUUGGAUCGGAGCAGCAGAUCCCCUUGUCUGUUGUGAAGCUCUGGGCCUCAGCGUUUGGUGGGGAGAUCAAAUCUAUUGCAGCCAAGUACUCAGGUUCGCAGCUCCUGCAGAAGAAAUACAAAGAAUAUGAGAAGGAUGUUGCAAUAGAAGAAAUUGAUGGCCUUCAGCUUGUGAAAAAGUUAGCAAAGAACAUGGAAGAAAUGUUUCAUAAAAAGUCCGAAGCUGUGCGGCGUCUUGUUGAAGCUGCAGAAGAUGCUUACUUGAAACAUGAAUUUGAUGCUGACUUGCAGUAUGAAUACUUCAAUGCUGUGCUCAUAAAUGAGCGAGAUGAAGAAGGAAACUAUCUGGAACUGGGGAAGGAGUUUAUUCUAGUGCCAAAUGACCACUUCAAUAACUUACCUGUGAAUGUCAGUCUGAGCGAUGUCCAAGUACCAACCAAUAUGUACAAUAAAGAUCCAGCCAUUGUAAAUGGUGUUUAUUGGUCUGAAUCCUUAAAUAAGGUGUUUGUUGAUAAUUUUGAUCGUGACCCUUCUCUCAUCUGGCAGUACUUUGGAAGUGCAAAAGGAUUUUUCAGACAAUACCCAGGAAUUAAAUGGGAACCUGAUGAGAAUGGAGUCAUUGCAUUUGACUGCAGAAAUAGAAAAUGGUACAUUCAGGCAGCUACUUCUCCAAAAGAUGUGGUCAUUUUAGUUGAUGUCAGUGGCAGUAUGAAAGGGCUUCGCUUGACUAUUGCUAAACAGACAGUAUCAUCUAUUCUGGAUACACUUGGAGAUGAUGACUUCUUCAAUAUAAUUGCUUAUAAUGAAGAACUUCACUAUGUAGAGCCAUGUCUGAAUGGAACAUUAGUUCAAGCAGACAGAGCCAACAAAGAGCAUUUCAGGGAACACCUUGACAAGCUUUUUGCAAAAGGAAUUGGAAUGCUGGACAUUGCUUUAAAUGAAGCUUUCAACAUGCUCAAUGAAUUCAAUCACACAGGACAAGGAAGUAUUUGCAGCCAGGCCAUAAUGCUGAUUACUGAUGGAGCUGUGGACACAUAUGAUACAAUAUUUGCAAAGUAUAAUUGGCCAGAUAGAAAAGUUCGUAUUUUUACCUAUCUGAUUGGAAGGGAAGCUGCUUUUGCUGAUAACCUGAAGUGGAUGGCCUGUGCUAACAAAGGGUUUUUUACUCAGAUCUCUACCUUAGCUGAUGUUCAAGAGAAUGUCAUGGAAUAUCUCCACGUUCUUAGCCGACCAAAGGUUAUUGACCAAGAGCACGAUGUAGUAUGGACUGAAGCGUAUAUUGACAGCACUCUCCCUCAGGCUCAAAAGCUUGCUGAUGAUCAGGGAUUGGUGCUGAUGACAACUGUUGCCAUGCCAGUAUUUAGUAAGCAAAAUGAGACUAGAUCAAAAGGGAUUCUUCUGGGAGUAGUCGGCACAGAUGUCCCAGUUAAAGAACUUCUAAAAACUAUUCCAAAAUACAAGUUAGGUAUUCAUGGAUAUGCUUUUGCAAUUACAAACAAUGGAUAUAUUUUGACUCAUCCGGAACUUAGGCCUUUGUAUGAAGAAGGGAAGAAACGAAGAAAGCCCAACUACAGCAGUGUAGAUCUUUCUGAGGUUGAGUGGGAAGACAGAGAUGACGUGCUCCGAAAUGCAAUGGUCAAUCGGAAAACAGGAAAAUUCUCCAUGGAGGUGAAGAAGACCGUGGACAAAGGGAAACGGGUAUUGGUGAUGACAAAUGACUACUAUUAUACAGACAUCAAGGGUACUCCAUUCAGUUUAGGUGUGGCUCUCUCCAGAGGACAUGGAAAAUAUUUCUUCAGAGGGAAUGUAACUGUAGAGGAAGGUUUACAUGAUUUAGAACACCCUGAUGUAUCUUUAGCAGAUGAAUGGUCCUAUUGCAACACUGACUUACAUCCUGAACACCGUCAAAUGACUCAGUUAGAAGCGAUUAAACGCUACCUUACAGGAAAAGAGCCAUUGCUCCAAUGUGAUAAAGAAUUAAUCCAGGAAGUUCUGUUUGAUGCAGUGGUGAGUGCACCAAUUGAAGCUUAUUGGACCAGUCUAGCAUUAAAUAAAUCAGAAAACUCUGACAAGGGAGUGGAAGUUGCCUUCCUCGGGACACGGACGGGCCUAUCUCGUAUCAACCUGUUUGUGGGGCCAGAACAGCUUACUAAUCAAGAUUUUCUGACAGCUGAAGACAAGGAGAACAUUUUUAACGCUGAUCAUUUUCCACUCUGGUACAGAAGAGCUGCUGAGCAAAUACCUGGGAGCUUUGUCUAUUCGAUCCCCUUUAGUACAGAAACAGCAAACAAAAGCAAUGUCGUGACAGCUAGUACUGCUAUUCAGCUUUUGGAUGACAGAAAAUCUCCAGUGGUUGCAGCUGUAGGUAUCCAGAUGAAGCUUGAAUUUUUCCAAAGGAAAUUUUGGACUGCAAGCAGACAGUGUGCAUCUCUUGAUGGCAGAUGUUCUAUAAGUUGUGAUGAUGAUGCAAUCAAUUGUUACCUGAUAGAUAACAAUGGAUUUAUUUUAGUGUCUGAAGACUAUAGACAGACUGGCUACUUUUUUGGUGAGGUUGAAGGGGCUGUGAUGAACAAGUUACUAACCAUGGGCUCCUUCAAGAGAAUUACACUUUAUGACUACCAGGCCAUGUGUAGAACAAACAAAGAGAGUAGCGACAGUGCCCAUAGCUUACUGGACCCUUAUAAUGCCUUCUUUGCUGCAGUAAAAUGGAUAAUGACUGAGCUUGUCUUGUUCCUUGUGGAGUUUAAUCUAUGCAGUUGGUGGCAUUCUGAUCUAACAGCAAAAGCGCAAAGGUUGAAACAAACCCUAGAGCCCUGUGAUACUGAAUAUCCAGCUUUUGUUUCUGAACGCACUAUAAAGGAGACCAUGGGGAAUAUUGCUUGCGAUGACUGUUUCAAGUCCUUCGUUAUUCAGCAAAUCCCAAGCAGCAAUCUCUUCAUGGUGGUAGUAGACAAUGAAUGCUUCUGUGAUUCUGUUCCACCAAUUACCAUGGCACCUAUAGAGAUAAGGUAUAAUGAAUCCCUUAAAUGUGAACGUCUAAAAUCUCAGAAGAUUAGAAGACGCCCAGAAUCUUGUCAUGGAUUUCACCCUGAAGAAAAUGCAAGAGAAUGUGGUGGUGUCCUAGGCCUUAGUGCUAAACCUCCUCUUGUUCUUCUUCCUCUGUUUUUGACAAUUUUCUCAAGGUGACGUUGACUGAUGUGUACAAUUGGCAUGCUAAUACAUGGAUAAACUGUGAACUGGGAAAUGGUGCAACAUUAAGGACAUGAAAUAUAGUCAGAGCAUCAGCAUUUCAUGAUUUUAAACUGUUGGUGAUGUAAAUUCUUAAAGACAUGUUGAAAAAAGAUUGAUCUUUUUACUUUGCAAGUCAUGCAGAUGUGAAUUUGGCAUUUGGUAGUCAUGAUUCAUAAGAAAAGGACUUGGUAGGUAGACAGAGGUGACCAUUGCUUUGUCCCAUUGAAAAUAAUUUAAAACUGUGUACUUUUUUUCAAUAAAGUAUAUUAAAAUCACA